AUGACAAAGAAAGUUAUUGCUCGAAGCACAGCGAAUAUUAAACUGACAAACUUUACUUUUAAAUUUUCGAAUGAAAGAGAAAGUCCCGAAUCCAAAGUAGCAGAAAAUGAUAAAAUAUCCCAACAUAGAUGGGAAUAA